AUGUCGAGCACAGGUUUCACCAGCCCUUUUGGGAACGCAAACCCGUUUGGCAGUUCAGGCAGAUCUGAAUCUGGGCCAAUGCAUAGGCUGGUUGAGGAAGACGAGAAUGAUACUAUUACUUCGCCUACAACUCCCCAUUUCGGCGUCAAGAACAACACUGCGCCCUCUUUUUGGAACGGCUUUGGUGGCGAUGCUCCGUCAGACAUGCCCGUCCGGCGCCAACCUGAUGACUUCCCUGCUCACUACAACUUGGGUCGCCGGACCUCCGUUUCGGCAGAAUCCCUGAAACCAGUCACGGAUAACUCCGACAACUGGUCACCUCCUGUUCAUCCGAAGACAGCAGAGCAACUUGAGCGUUUGAAGAAAGCCAUCAGCGGCAACUUUCUUUUCAACCACCUUGAGGACGACCAGAGUGCCCAAGUAUUGGGUGCUUUGGUAGAGAAGCCGGUGCCUGCCAAAGGAAUCAAGGUGAUCACUCAAGGCGAUGCCGGUGAUUAUUUCUAUGUGGUAGAGAAGGGAAGAUUCGAGGUUUAUGUCAACAGCACCGGCGCUCUUCAACCCGGCCCAGACGGCAUGGGACAGAAGGUUGGCGAGAUAGCGGAGGGUGGCUCUUUUGGCGAGCUUGCCCUCAUGUACAACGCACCCCGUGCUGCCACUGUCGUCUCUGCUGAGCCCCAGUGCACACUAUGGGCGCUUGAUCGUGUCACCUUCCGACGAAUUCUCAUGGAAUCGACCUUUUCUCGUCGUCGGAUGUACGAGAGCUUUCUGGAAGAAGUGCCCAUCCUCAAGACCCUUACGCCAUAUGAGCGGUCCAAGAUUGCGGAUGCUCUCGAGAGCCAGAAGUACCCGGCUGGCCAUGAGAUCAUUCUUGAGGGUGACCCCGGCCACUCCUUCUUCCUGUUAGAGGCUGGCGAGGCGGCAGCGUUCAAGCGAGGAAACGAUUCUCCAGUUAAGAACUACAAGAAGGGCGAUUUCUUCGGUGAGCUUGCGCUGCUGAAUGAUGCCCCUCGCGCGGCCAGCGUCAUCAGCCAAACUGAGGUCAAGGUUGCCAGGCUUGGCAAGAAUGCUUUUCAAAGGUUGCUUGGUCCGAUUGAAAGCAUCCUGCGGAGGACUAGGUACGUUGAAGCGGAAGAGGUGGAUCCUUUGCAGGUGUCUUGA